GACAGGGGGGAAGAGACGAGCCCCCCUGUUCGCAGCUCCAUUCCCACCUGAGACCCGAGAUUGGUCGGUCAGUGGCUUCUGGCCGGCACCUGGCUCCCCCGGAGUUCCACCCUCAGGGCCUCAGCUCCCUCCCUCUCUCGUCUCCUCCUCCUCUUGCAGCCUCAGAUCACGCGAGCCUCUUCCUGCCUGACUGCGUCCCUCGCUCUCCCUGCCGCGCCCGUGCGGUUCUUGGUGAAGGCGUGGCGGCCCGGCAGGCCUCCAGUUGACCCGACCGACUCCCAAUCCGGUCAGCUCGGAGGCGGCGGGGUGAGAUUUCAGUUGACUUUUGAAGCUUCUUGCUUGUUUCUUCCUGGGCUUUGCGGCUGCCCGCCGGCCUUGCGGAUUUUUCUCUCUUCCUUCAAGUGGCGGCCGAUAUCAGCUGGAAAGCCUUGCCAAGUUUGGGGAGGACUGGCUGCUGGGUUCUCGUCUUCACCGGCGAAAUACCCUGGGCUCAUUUUUCAGCUGCUGCUGGUGCUUCUGAUCCUCUUGAUCCCUUCUUCCUUCCAUUACUGGCCCUCUCUUGUUGCUCGUCAGUACGUAGCUUAAGAAGGAGAAGGGAUAAGGAGAGAGGGAGAGAUACAGGACAGGAGCGGAUCAGAGAUGGGGAAUUGCAUGAAAACCACGGCGCGGGUGGAUCACAGCAUGAACACCGGUGGUGCCUAUCCAUCAAAAUUGACCAGCAAAACAAGCCUAUCAUCCGUCCCUUCCAGCAAGACCAACUCAACUCGUUCAACUUUCACUCUGCCGUCUAUAAGAGAUAGGAGUGAGCUUCCUACUCCACGGACAGAAGGUGAAAUCUUGUCGUCUUCAAAUUUGAAGGCCUUCUCCUUCAGUGACCUAAAAAAUGCGACCAAGAACUUUCGACCCGACAGUCUUCUUGGGGAAGGAGGAUUUGGGCAUGUUUUCAAAGGUUGGAUUGAUGAACACACUCUUGCUCCUUCAAAACCGGGAAGUGGUAUGGUUGUUGCUGUCAAGAAGCUUAAGCCAGAAGGUUUCCAAGGGCACAAGGAAUGGCUGACAGAGGUUAACUACCUUGGCCAACUUCAUCACGCGAAUCUUGUUAAGCUCAUUGGUUAUUGCACGGAUGGCGAUAACCGACUUCUGGUGUAUGAGUUCAUGCCCAAGGGAAGUUUGGAGAAUCAUCUGUUCAGAAGAGGAGCUGAUCCUUUGUCAUGGGCAAUAAGACUUAAGGUUGCUAUUGGGGCUGCUAGGGGUUUGUCAUUUUUGCAUGAUGCAGAAAACCAAGUUAUAUAUCGUGAUUUCAAGGCAUCAAACAUUCUCCUUGACUCGGAAUUCAACUCAAAACUUUCAGAUUUUGGUUUAGCGAAAGCAGGUCCUACUGGUGAUAGAACUCAUGUUUCCACACAAGUCAUGGGCACUCAUGGAUAUGCAGCUCCAGAGUAUAUUGCAACAGUCAAACUAACCUUUCAUGGAGGAAAUGUUCCACUCUACUUUAUUCCUACCCAAUUAUUCUUGGAUUUUAGAAAAACACAGCACAUCUGGACAGGUCGCCUAUCUGCAAAAGCAGACGUCUACAGCUUCGGGGUGGUAUUGCUUGAGUUGCUCACAGGGAGACGAGCCCUGGACAAAUCGAAGCCAGGCAUAGAGCAGAACCUAGUCGACUGGGCCAAACCACACCUGCGCGACAAGCGCAGAUUGUACCGCGUGAUGGAUACGAAGCUUGGAGGCCAGUAUCCCAAGAAAGGAGCGCAUGCCAUUGCAAACCUCGCCCUGCAAUGCAUCUGCAACGAUGCCAAGAUGCGGCCACAGAUGUCUGAGGUGUUGGAAGAGCUGGAGCAGCUGCAGGAAUCCAAAUACAAUUUGGCGUCGCCACAGGUGGACAACCGGAGGACCUCCAACACUGUACUGAAAUCGCCGAUGAGAGUCCAACCUUCACCACGGCGAUCUCUUGGAGCGGCGUCGCCAUUGCCGGCAUAUAGGUCCGCACAAGGGCAUUAGAAAGCACGGACUUAGAAUUGGAAGGCAUGUACCUGCAUUCUGCAGGCUGUAUAUUUGGUGGUGUGAGCAUUGAGCAGUGUAAUAGUAGUUGUUUCUAGUGAUGCUUCUUGUUCUUGGUCAUCUGUUACUUAGAAUAUGACCAUGUCAUUCUAAGAUAAGUUGUUUCAACUAGAUGAUAGGUGCUCGAACUUGGCCAAACUUGUGGUCUCGUUCUGUGCUGUUCUUGUUAUUUAUUAUGUCUGAAUCUCCGAAGUGAUUUUGCUCAGAAAAAAAAAUUAAUCAGGCUAGUACGUUGGCAAUUUCUUGUGAA